AAUCUUUAAAUCUGGCUCUGUUCUCAUUAAAACAGAGAGAUUGAGGAGUCUGAUUACCAGGAAAGUUAGAGUUGAUAAGCUAUACUAGAAAUGUUUGUGCAUAAGAAUACUUAUUAUAGUAGAUGAUCGGAUCUAGUACAAAUUUGAAUGUAAUAUUUGUGUACCUCAGAUUACAUUAUAGUGUAGUAAACUUACAGGAGAGAUGAAUUAGGUUCUAGCAAUUUUGGCAGAAACUUAAUGUUGCCCCAGCUAGUUGAUGUACUUGUGGUUCAACAUGUACUGGAAAAAGGACAUCAUUUUAAGGAAGAUGUGAGUCUGAUGUCUGAUUUGGUCUGGAAGACAUCACUAAGAAUAUGGCCAAAUUUUGAACUUAGAGAUUGACACGUAAAGAUGAAAAUUCGUUGAUAUGGUUACCUUCUGUCCUGAUUAUAGGAUGCAUGAAGUUAAUUUACUUGGGUAAAAGCUAACUUCACUUUUUUGUUCGUUCUAAAAUAAAUUGCAGGAUGGGCAACAGGUUUGUCUGCUGGUGAAGGAGAUUCGAGUUUGGACUUUUCUUUCUUUAGAGUAGAUAUUGUUCUCACUGACGCGGGUCAUGAGCACAUGCAAGACAUCGUAGGCUUGCUUUUCAAAUACAUUUCCCUCUUACAGCAGUCGGGCAUCUGCAAAUGGAUUUUCGAUGAGCUUUCUGCUGUUUGCGAGACAAAGUUUCAUUAUCAGGACAAAAUUCAGCCAAUUAAUUAUGUGGUCAGCAUUUCGCCAAAUAUGCAGAAAUAUCCCCCAAAAGAUUGGCUAGUGAGAUCAUCCUUGCCUUCUAACUUCAGUACAGAUAUUAUCCAAAUGGUGCUGAACAAGUUGUCUCCAAACAAUGUUAGAAUUUUCUGGGAAUCAAAGAAAUUUGAAGGUCAAACUAACAUGGUUGAGCCAUGGUAUGGAACUGCUUAUUCCAUCGAGAGAAUUACGGGCUCCAUGAUACAG